AUGUCAAUAAUUGGUCUAUUGAAUAAUUCAUUGUCUUUAUUUACUUUUGUUCGUGAUCGUAUUCGUUUAACUUAUUGUGGGGUUUAUCUUAUUGUUAUUUGUUCAGGCAAUAUUAUACUUAUGUUAUUCAUUAUUCUCAAUAUACCGGCCUUAUUGAACUAUGAUAAUAUGCUAUAUAAAAAUUUUCACUGUCAUGUUCAAUUUUAUAUAUGUUUAAGUCUAAAUUAUAUAUUUAUUUGGGGUAGUGUAGCAAUUGUAGUGGAAAAAUUGCUGAUUGAAUGUUUCAAUUAUGAUGUAUACGAACCAAGUAUUCGACCAAUAAUAACAUCAAUAAUAAUAAUUAUCUUUGUGUCAAUAUCAAAUAUACCAGAAAAAUUUUGUCGAGGAUUUGUAAAUAGUCCAAAUAAACAUCAAGUUUGUAGUUAUUAUUUAAAUAGUAAUACGAUAUGGUAUCGUAUGCAUAUCGCAUCAUCUUAUGUACAUGUUGUUUUACCUUGUCUUGUUCAUAUAAUAUCCACAAUAUGCAUAUUAACAACAAUAGCUCAACGAAAAGUUUUUAUAUCAAUAAAUCGAUAUCCUCAACAAUAUAUUUAUCGUGUAUGGUUUCGACAACUUUAUCUUCAUAGAGAUUUUUUAAUUCCGCCAAUAUUCAUAAUAAUAUGUAUACUUCCUCAUAUUAUUGUUCAUUAUAUAUUGAUAACGAAAUGUCUUGAUUUUUCAAAUAUAAUUCUAAUACGUUUACAUAUCGUACUUGUUUUAUUUCUUAACAUUCCUCAAAUGUUAACAUUUCUUAUUUAUGUUUAUCCAAAUGAAAUUUAUUUUAAGGAAUUUAUGCAAACACCUAUUUAUCGUAUUAUUUGUUUCUCAUCAUAUAAACGACAAAUUGAAAAUGAAAGACGAGCACGAGCUUCAAGUAUAGCUAGCUCACAUGCUAUGAUCAAUGAUGACUUAUGA